AUGUUACAUCUCUUUUGCCUGCUUUCUAUCAUAUCAUUCAAUGAUGAUAAAUCAGAAGUUAAUAUUACAACAGAUGGAAUUUAUGAAUUCUCACCAUUAAUUCCAAGUAAUAUUAAAAAAGCUACAUUUUUCGGAAAUAUCACAGAAUUUGCUAAAAAUUCAUUUAACUUAUAUCCUUAUGUUGAAGUAAUUGUCAUGAAUCUUACAUCAAAAUCUUUGAUUAUCGGAAAAAAAGCAUUCAAGCAUUUAAAGUCACUACAUACAAUUAAAAUACCAGAUAACACUAUAAUAAUUGAUGAUGAAGCAUUUUCUGGUUGUAUGGCACUUACACAAUUUGAUUUUCCCUCAUCAUGCAGAAAUGUAUCAAGUAAAUGCUUUUGGGAAUGCUCAAAAUUGAAAUUUCUCAAUUUAACAAAUGUAGAUAACAUAGCAGAAGGUGCGUUUAAAGAAUGUUCAAGUCUUUCAGAAAUCAUAUUUAAAAAGCCACUUGAGAUAAUUCAAAAAGAAACUUUUGCAUCUUGUUCUUCACUUAAGAAAGUCACAAUUUCCAAUUCAAUCACAUAUAUUGGCGAUGCAGCAUUCUUUUACUGCUACAAUUUAGAUCCAUUUAAUUUACCUGAUUCAUUAGAAUAUAUCGGUGCAAAUGCUUUCUGUAGAAUCAAUGGGUUUACAGAAAUCACUGUACCACCUAAAAUUCAAUCAAUUUCAGCAGGAUGUUUCUAUGGUAUGAAAAACUUAAAAAAGAUUAAUCUCAAUCACGUAAAAGUUAUUGAGUCUCAAGCAUUAGCAAAUUGUUCUAAUUUGGAUGAUAUUAACUAUGGAGAUAGUUUGACUAAAAUUUAUUUAAGUGGUUUUGAAUAUUCAGGUCUAAAAGGAGAAUUAAAUUUACCAUCAACAUUAAGUUAUUUUGGCGAAAAAUGUUUCAAAGGAAUAUCUAUUACAUCAUUAAUUUUUAAUUCAGAUAAUGUUAAACUGGAAGAUAAUGCCUUUGAAGACUGCUCCUCUCUUGAAAGCGUGACAUUCAAGAAUGAUAAUGUGAACAUUGAUUCUGGCGUUUUUGCUUCAUGCAGUAGCUUGAAACAGAUCAAAAUACCAAAUAAUGUUAAAAUAAUUGGUAAAAAUUUAUUUUAUUCAUGCAAUGAAUUAGUUAAUGUUCAAUUACCAGAACAUUUAGAAGCAAUUAAUCAACAAGCUUUCUAUAAGUGUGAAAAAUUGAAAUCAAUCAGAUUCCCAGCGUCACUAAAUAAAAUCGGUUUGAAGGCAUUUUAUAGUUGCUCAUCUUUAACAGAAGUAUAUCUUCCAGAAUCUCUACAAAUGGUUGGAUUAGAAUGUUUUGCUUCUUGUGGAAAUCUAAAAUUUGUACAUGUUAUUUCGAAUGUUGAAUUUGAUGUUAAUGUUUUCUCAAAUUGUGCCAAUUUCAAAGAAAUAAUAUUUAAUUCAUCUUCUAUAAAUAAUAUUACAAUUCCAAUUUCUGAUCCUAAAUGUGUAAUUAAUAUUGUAAAUGCAGGUGAAGAAAUUUCAUUUACUGGCCAUUCCUUUCAAGCAAUUAAUAUCACAUGUAAAAUUAGAAAAAUUAAUAGCAAAAAACAUGUAGCUUUUGAAACAUUUACAUAUAAUGGAAUAUAUGAAAUCGAAGGAGAUCUUUCAGAUAACAUAAGAAUAAAAUGCGUAAACUUAAAUCCAGAAUAUAAAGGAAAAUUAUUUGGAAUUGAACUUUCAAGAUACACCAAAUGUGGAGUUAAUCCUAAGUGUGGUGGAAAGUCUCCAACAGUUGGUAUUUUAGUUGCUCUCGCAAUCCUAAUUAUUAUUGGUGUAAUUGCUGCAUUCUUUAUACUCCGAUGGAGAAAGAAUAGAAUGAAGGGUUUUUCAGAGAUACCUUCCAAUAUUUAA